GCGCAGAGGGGAUCUCGGCGCGCGUAUGUUGUUGUGUUGUGAUCCGGAAACCCCCACGUCCAGACAGGAGAUCCAUGCCCCGGUAGUAGCACCGUUCCCACCACCAUGUCCCCUGAGUCGGCUGCAACGGCCGGUGAGAGCAGCCCCGCCGCCGCCGGCACCGUCCCCGAAGAGGAGCCGGACAGCCACCGAGAGGAGCAACGGGCCCAGAAACAGUCCCUGUCGAAGUCCCUGUGUCAGGAGACCCACUGGAAAUGCCUGCUUCUCUCACUGCUUAUGUACGGCUGCGUCGGGGUGAUGGCCUGGUGCCAGGUGACCCAGGUCACGCGCCUCUCCUUCGACAGCGCCUACAAGGGAAAGUCUAUGAUGUAUCACGACAGUCCCUGCUCCAACGGCUACAUCUACAUCCCCCUGGCCUUCUUGGUCAUGCUCUACGUGGUCUACCUGGUGGAGUGCUGGCACUGCCACACCAGGAAUGAGCUGCAGUACAAGGUAGAUGUGGACAACGUGACCGAGCGCGUCCAGCGGAUGCAGCAAGCUACGCCCUGCAUCUGGUGGAAGGCCAUCAGCUAUCACUAUAUCAGGAGAACACGACAGGUGACGCGCUACCGUAACGGAGACGCCUACACCACCACACAGGUGUACCACGAGCGGGUCAACACCCACGUGGCCGAGGCGGAGUUUGACUACGGGAACUGCGGAGUUAAGGACAUCUCGAAGAACCUGCUGGACCUGGACAGCUUCCCCAUCACCAGGCUGAGGUUCACAAAGUGCUUUAGCUUCGCCAGCGUGGAGUCAGAGAACUCCUAUCUGACCCAGCGCGCCAGGUUCUUCACAGAGAACGAGGGUCUGGACGACUACAUGGAGGCCCGUGAGGGAAUGCAUCUGAAGAAUGUAGACUUUAAAGAGUAUAUGAUUGCCUUUUCUGACCCCAGUCACCUGCCCUGGUACACAGCUAACUCCACGUUUUGGGUGGCAGCUGCUUUCACCCUCUCCUGGCCUCUGCGGGUGCUGACGGAGUUCCGCACUGCCUGUGCACACUACCAUGUGGAGAAGCUGUUCGGCUUUGACUUUGUGCCAACGACACCCUCUGAGGAGCGGCCAUAUUGCCCACACAUCCCACGAGUCAACACAAUCGACAGCACAGAACUGGAGUGGCACAUCCGCUCCAACCAGCAGCUGGUGCCCAGCUACUCGGAAGCCGUUCUCAUGGACCUGUCCCAGCUCUCGGGGAGCUGCAACAGCUACUCCGUCUGUGGAGGCUACGGCGGCUACAGGCAGAACUGUGAACGCUGCCACCGCACCAUCAGCAGCUCCUCCAUCUUCUCUCGCAGCGCCCUCAGCAUUUGCAACACGGGGAGCCCCCGCAUCCCCUUCAGUGCCAGCCGCUUCUCACUGAGCCGCCUGUACGGCUCCAGGCGGAGCUGCCUGUGGAGGAGUAGUGGGAGCCUGAAUGAGCAGUCGUGCCCCACAGAGAGCACCCGCUGUCUGUCAGGUCAGCAGACCAGCGAGGAGAACCCUCCAGCCUAUCAGGAUGCUAUGUUCUUCCCAGUGCUCAUUGUGCAUCGUAACGAAGGCUGCCUCAACCAUGACCACCACUCCCUGCACAGGAACGGCUCCUGUGUAGAGACUUCGCUAUGACCCACGGCGGCCACAGGCUUCUGAGCAAAAAAUAUAAUGAUGCAGGCAAAGAGCAAGACCUCUAUGCCCCUGGGCUAGUGGAUGAUAAUGACUUCUGCUUCUCCCUUUUACAUAUUGUCACAUACAAGCUACUACAAACAAGCAUUUGUCAAGUUUGAAAAGCUGGUGUAGCCUCAAAUAAAGGAAAAAUAAAGUAUGUCUGAGAAAGCCCCCUAAUAAGUCAGGGAACAAUGCCUGGAUGGUCUAAAUGAGACUGUUGGUUAAACUAUAAUGUGGCUUUAAAGGACCACUCUGCCAAAGUGUCAUGUACAGCCCUACAGCUUCCGUUGAGAAUCAACUAACCAAGGAACACCAGCUGGUGUCACCUCUUACUGUAAAUGUCAUAUCUGUAGAUCUUAGUCACUACAUGGACAUGAGUAACACUUAGUAGAAUUUGGCGCCUAAAAAAGUGUUUGACUCAUCGGUAGAGGAGGACGUUAAGAAAAGAAAUGCUUAUGACAUGAAUGACUACAUCAUAGAUUGAGUGUGUGAGUCAUGAGGGAAAACGAAAAGAGUUCAACACCCUCGCUCAAAGCGUAAUGAAACAUUCGCUAGAAUAACUUGGGCCCAAAUAAAAUAUAUAAGCAUUCGCACGUAAAACAUUUUUGAUACUGGGGGAUUUAAAUGUUCUUAUUCAAAGUUAGUGCACGUGAAAAUCCAGUGAAAAAAAAGGGAUACAUUUCCCUUCGCAUAAAAAUAAAUGUGAUACAGACGCUGAAAUAUCCAGUUGGCUCGAACGGGCUCGGUGGCGGUGACAUUAUACUUCUCGGCUCGCUAAAUUUAGCUCACACAGCGGAUGAAUAAUUUAUCACAGGAAAGCUGAGGACACAAGAACUUCACACUGAAUGAGCGCCACGUCUACAAACUGCUCCUUAAUCACUUUAAACUGGACAAUUUGUAGAAUGGCCUAUUACUAUAUAAUAAACCUCACCAUUAUAUUGAUAGAUCAGUGUCGGCUCAGCUACUUGUAAAAUCUCAAAGUAAACAUUUAAUUUCAUGUUUGGCAAUAUUAGUAUUCAGCCUACCUCUUUAUUUAAGUGCCUAGCGAUCAACUGUUACCGACAAGCAUAAGCCACCAUGACUCAAAAUGAUCUCAUCUCAACAUCUUCCCAUUGAAACAAGUGAAGUCCACACUCAUUAGAGCACAUGAUAUAUGAUGCAUAGGAGAAACUUGCUGCAGCACCUGCUCUCAGUACUGUUUAAGAUAUAAAAGGUCAGAGAAGAAACUCUGAAGACGAGUUUCUUCAUCAUAACGCAGCUCUCGCAGAUCCGGUGCUGUGCUCUGCUGAUGAGUAUCAGAGAGACAGCCAGGGAGCCGGCCAUCAAAGACGCUCGGAAUCACUACUGAUAGCGUCAGAUUCAAUAAUAUGACAGGAUUUUGUUUAAAGAACUCAAAAAAGAAAGUUACUCGCUCUCAACUGAGUGCACGCAGUUUGUCAGUCAUGUGGAAUUUGGUUUUACAGCCAAGCCAUGCACAAGAAAAAAAACGUUUGAACAGGAAUAAAAGAAGAAGUCUGAUCAGGAUUUAACACAACUCAAAAGUUUUUUUAUUUUCUUCCAUUACAGCUUAGCAUUUGUGAAUGGUACUUUAGUACGAUUUUAACAAGCACAGGGGUGAUUCAAGAAAACUGAAAUAUUGGUUUAUAAGCUGGUUUUCAUCUCAUUAGAUCCUCAUUUAAAAGUUGGAUCGCUGGUUGUUUACUUUCUGUUGUUGCGACCAUCAGAGUCGAAGGAUCUCGACUGUGGACGUUUUGUUUCACUUCCUGCUUCACAAUAAUGGGCUUGAACUUGUGACCGGUUUUACCCAUACUCAUUACAUUCCAUGUGUGUAGUAAGGUCGGGAGUUGGGGACUAUCUUUAAAGCAAUACUAGAGAAUGCAUAAAAAGGAUUUUCUUUUUCUUUGUUUCAAACAGAUUCUAGCAAACCUGCCAUUUCAUUUCAACAAAUGACCGUUUCCUCACCUGUUUUUCGCAAGCUCACCUAUGCAAGCCCCAUACACUCAGGAUCAUAAUCAGGAGGAGGAUUCUGCUUGCAACAAAAUCCCAAAACGUUCUCAUUUCAACUUUAGGUUUAGCCAGUUAUGCAGACGUUUCACUUUGUAUUCUAACAGCUUUUGUAAGAAACGGCCUCUUCGUGAUCCGGCAUCGAUCCUCCUUCAGGUCCUGGUGUUCAUAAAGUUCACUAUACGUACUGAUAUCUUUGUUUGAAUAAUAAAGAAAUGGUUUGACAGUUCGGGAACACAGCUCAUUCGCCUUCUUGCCAAGAUUUGGAAGACAAGAUCAAUACUGUUCUGAAGUCUGUUUGGCAAAUAAGCUUUAAGCCAGUUAGCUUAGCUUAGCAUAAAGACCACAAACAUGGAAACACCUGAACAUUACAACCUAUGCUUGCAUUUUAUAGUUACG